UUAUCGGUACAUGAUAAUGAAAUCUUAAACAAAUUACUUCACUCCAGUCGACCCCCUACCACAUCGGUUGUCAUACAACUCGUCGUUCCAUCUCGAUUUCGAAUUGUUUAUUCGCCGUUCAGUGCUGUGCGUUUUUUUCUUCUUCUCAUUUUGAUGAUGCGUUCAAAUUAUUAUUCCCCGAGUCCUGGGGGACUCCUCCAGGGGUCCGAUGGCGAGGUGGAAGCUCGAGAUUACCUUCUAAGCAGCACUAUACGUUUAGAUGAAAAUUAUUUGAGCUACAAUAUAAUCGUAGAUCCAGAUUUAACGAUGGCGGGAUGUAACAAUUCAUUGACAGCUACAUUGAGUAACGUCAGCGGGGGCGUUAACGCACUCAGCCAACAAUGCGCCAUCUGCGGCGACAGAGCUACCGGCAAACACUACGGAGCCGCCUCCUGCGACGGUUGUAAAGGCUUUUUCAGAAGAUCCGUUAGAAAGAAUCAUUUAUAUACAUGCAGAUUCAAUAGGAAUUGCGUCGUGGAUAAAGACAAGAGGAACCAAUGCAGAUAUUGUCGGUUGAGGAAGUGCUUCAAGGCCGGCAUGAAAAAAGAAGCCGUGCAAAACGAACGGGAUCGAAUCAGCUGCAGGAGACCCAGUUACGAGGAGAACAACCAAAAUAACGGUUUGUCCGUGGGAUCGUUACUCAACGCUGAAAUGCUCUCCAGACAAGUGGGAGCUGCUUUAGAGCAAAUGGAUACGAAUCCUGUGAACGAUUACGAUAUUUCGAAUAGGCAAUUGGCAAGUAUCAAUGACGUUUGCGAUUCAAUGAAACAGCAGUUGUUGAUAUUGGUGGAAUGGGCGAAAUAUAUACCGGCUUUUACGGAAUUGCAAUUGGAUGAUCAGGUGACUCUACUCCGCGCGCACGCUGGGGAGCAUCUAUUAUUGGGUCUAGCAAGAAGAUCGAUGCAUUUGAAAGACGUUCUUUUAUUAGGGAACAACUGUAUAAUGACCAAAGAAUGUCCAGCUUUGAUACCAGAUCCCCGUAACGUAUCUCCAGAUAUGAGCAUAUCCAGAAUCGGUAGCCGAAUCAUCGACGAACUCGUCAAACCGAUGAACGAACUCCAAAUCGACGAUACCGAAUUCGCUUGCCUCAAGGCCAUCGUAUUCUUCGAUCCAAACGCCAAGGGUUUGACGGAACCGAGUCGGAUCAAGUCAUUGAGAUACCAGAUUCAAAUAAACCUGGAGGAUUAUAUCAGCGAUCGACAGUAUGACAGUAGGGGGAGAUUCGGCGAACUGCUGCUCACUUUACCAGCCCUACAAUCGAUUACCUGGCAUAUGAUCGAACAAAUUCAAUUUGCCAAAUUGUUCGGAGUUGCCCAUAUCGAUAGUUUACUACAAGAAAUGUUACUCGGAGGAACAAGUAUCGAAACCACGACCCCUACCAUAGUAGUACCGAACAACAUGAACAACAACAACAAUUAUCAGAGUACCAGCGAUUCAGCCGACAGUCCCAUCACUUCUCCAACGACGACCCCUCACAGUCCACAAGACCACAUGAUCAACACCAACGUUUCGAGUCCUCCCGGAACGGUAGCUCCAUCUACAGUACUCACGAUGCGAGAUAUCACCCCUUUAGACGACACCGUCCAUUUUCCUAUUUCCGUUAAGGAAGAACCCCUCAAAGACGAACAACACGGUUUUAUGGUGAAAUUUUUAAAGUAGAACAAAGGAAAUGAGUCAUCGGACUAUUUUAUUUUUUAAUAAAACAAUGUAUCGUUGUUUUCGUGUCGGUAUGAGUGUCAAUUUGACAGUUCAUGUCUAAGUUAGAAAAAGAAUUGGUACGACAUUAAUUCUAUAUCAUAUAACAAUCAUAUUGAUUGGUCUUUAGUUACCUGUAUGAGCGAGGAUUGGUUUUAAGACUGAUUUUUAAUAUGUACCUGUGUUCUUAAUAUGUUCUGAAUGCUUUUUGAAGGGAACAAACCCAAUUUGUCUAUUUCGAUCCUAUAGGAACAAAUUUCGAGCUCUCUGAGCGACACAUACACAUUUCUACACCGAUUUUGAUUGUUCUUAAUACGUUCUGAAUGUUUUUUGAAUGGAACAAACCCAAUUUGUUUAUUUCGAUCUUCUAGGAACAAAUUUCUAGUUCCCGGAACGACUAAUACACAGUUAUACAUCGAUUUCGUUCGUUUUUAAUAUGUUCUGAAUGUUUUUUGAUAUGGAACAUCUUCUAAGAGCAAAUUUUCAGCUGUCGGAGCAAAAGAUAGUGCAACACAGAUUUUAGUUGAUCUUGAUAUGUUCUGAUCGUGUUUUGAUAAAUAACAAACUUAAUUUCCAUAUUUCGAGCUCCUAGGAAUAAGUUUAGAGCUCUUGGAACAAAAUAAACGCAGAUCCACUCCGAUUUUGUUUGUUCUUAAUAUGUUCCGAAUUUUUUUUUACCCUAGACUUCUUUGUCUAUGUAGAGAAAAUUUUGAGCUCUCGGUGCAAAAGACAGUUUCACACCGAUAUUAAUUGAUCUUAAUAUGUUCUGAUCGUUUUUUGAUAAUGAACAAACCUAAUUUCUUCAUUUCGAUCUUAUAGAAACAACUUUCGAACUCUAUGAACAAAAUAAACACAAAUCCACACCGACUUCGUUUGUUUUUCACGUUUUUGACAAGGAACAAACACAAUUUUUCGAUUUAAGUUGCCUACGAACAAAUCUCGAGCUUUUGUAACUAAACUUAUACAAAUCCAUCGAUUUAAUUUGUUCUUAAUUUUGUUCUUUAUGUUUUUGUCGACGAGCAAACUAAAUUCAUCACUUCAGAACAAACCGUGAGUUAUAAUACUAAUUAUUUUUGUUCCUAAUGUUGUUCUGGUUGUUUUUAAGGUAGAAGAACUUUUUAAUUUGUUCUUAAUUUUGUUCUUUAUGUUUUUGUCGACGAGCAAACCAAAUUCAUCACUUCAGAACAAACAGUGAGUUAUAAUACUUAUUAUUUUUGUUCUUAAUGUUGUUCCGGUUGUUUUUAAGGUAGAACAACUUUUUAAUUUGUUCUUAAUUUUGUUCUGACCCAGAACAAACCCAAAUUAUCCACAUUAACCACCUCAGAAUCUCUUUUUGACGUUCUGUGGAUACCUAAAGUCGCCCCAAAUUGCAGAUUUGAACCAGGUACUUCGUUUCUUAUUUUCUAGUCACCAUCAUCGACAAUAUCGAUAUAAACCGCUCGAGGCUGUGUUUUUAGUUCGACGUUUCCGACCUUAUCGUCGAUUCUGUUAAUAUUGCAGACAUUUUGAGCGUGUGUGUGUGUAUGUGUGUGUGUGUGCGCGUGCGCCAUCGAUAUGUUCGUUAACGAAUAAUAUUCGUAAAUAAAUGUCGAUACAAUUUUGCUCAAUAACGUAAAAGGUAGAAGGGAAUUUAGUUUUUGAUAAAUAUAAUGGAAUGGUUAUAGUACGUUUGCCAAUAGUAGAUGUAGUGUUAAGGGUUUAUUAUUAUAAAUACUCGGGGAUGUAUAUUCAGUGAUAUUGAGCGAGUUUUUUUGACCCGAAAAUGAUUUACGUGAGAAAAAAGGGUAAUUUCGAUAAAAAGGUAAGGCCCUGCUCGUAAAUAUCGGUGGUAAGGUACCUUUUUGUACGAAACUCGGUUAUAUAUGAGAUUUUUUUAUCGAAAACUUCUAAAAAUUGGGUCUUUAAGCUAUCGUAGACACACUUUGGAUCUUUUUAAAUAAAACUGAAUCUGAAUUAGCUGAAAUAUGGGACUUUUUACACAAAAUUUAGUUAAUAAUGGGACCUACUGAUCGAAAUGUUCCGAGGAUGAGGAUUAUUAACAAUCGCAGAUAAAGAUGGGACCUUUUUAUUUGAAACUUAGCUAAAUAUGGGACCUUUAACGUGAAAAUUAGCUGAAAAUGGGACCUGGGACCUUUUCCGUAGAAUAUAAGUAAAAACAUACUAGUCGAAAUGGUUAGAGAUGAGGUCAUUUAACUUAGCUAAAGAUGGGACAUUUUUACAUGACAAUUUUUUCGCAUGAAAUUUGGCUAAAGAUGAGACUUGGGAACAGAGACGUUUUGAGGAUGGAGUUUUCGAAGAAUCGUUGACGAAGAUUGGACAUUUUACAUAAAACUUAGCUAAAAUGGAACUUUCUACGUAAAACUUAACUGAAAAGGAGUUCUAGUCAAAUAAGGAACCUUUUUACUCGAAACUUAGCUAAAAAUUGGAUUUUUACGCAAACCAUAGCUAAAAUGAGGGAUCUUUUGACGAAAAACUGGUUCGUUUGUCAAAUAUGGGACCAUUUUAUGUAGAACUCAGCUAAAAUGGGACCUUUUUACAUAAACUUUAGCUAAACAUAGAACUUUUUACGUAGAAUUUAACUAAAAUAAACCGUUAACUAAAUAUGGGACCUUAUUACGUAAAGUUUAGCUAAAAAUGGAACUUUUUACAUAAAUCUUAGCUAAAUAUGGGAUCUUUUUACGCAAAACUUACCUAAAAUAAACCAUUAACCAAAUAUUUGACCUUAUUUCGUAAAGUUUAGCUAAAUAUGGGACUUUUUUACAUGGAACCUAGCUAAAAUAAACCGUUAACUAAAUAUGGGACCUUUUUACAUAAACUUUAGCUAAAUAUAGGACUUUUUACAUAAAUAUUAGCUAAAUAUGGGACCUUUUUACGUAGAACUUAACUAAAAUAAACAGUCAACUAAAUAUGGGAACUUUUUACAUAAACUUUAGCUAAAUAUAGGACUUUUUACAUAAAUAUUAGCUAAAUAUGGGGCCUUUUUACGUAGAACUUAACUAAAAUAAACAGUCAACUAAAUAUGGGACCUUUUUACAUAAACUUUAGCUAAAUAUAGGACUUUUUACAUAAAUAUUAGCUAAAUAUGGGACCUUUUUACGCAGAACUUAACUAAAAUAAACCAUUAACCAAAUAUUUGACCUUAUUUCGUAAAGUUUAGCUAAAUAUGGGACUUUUUUACAUAGAACUUAGCUAAAAUAAACCGUUAACUAAAUAUGGGACUUUUUUACAUAAACCUUAGCUAAAUAUGAGCUUUUUUACGUAGAACUCGACUAAAAUAAACCGUCAGUUAAAUAUGGGACCUUUUUACAUAAAUCUUAGCUAAAUAUGGGCCUUUUUACGUAGAACUUAACUAAAACAAACCGUCAACUAAAUAUGGAAACUUUUUACAUAAACUUUAGCUGAAUAUAGGACUUUUUACGUACAUAUUAGCUAAAUAUGGGACCUUUUUACGCAGAACUUAACUAAAAUAAACCAUUAACCAAAUAUUUGACCUUAUUUCGUAAAGUUUAGCUAAAUAUGGGACUUUUUUACAUAGAACUUAGCUAAAAUAAACCGUUAACUAAAUAUGGGAUUUUUUUACAUAAACCUUAGCUAAAUAUGAGCUUUUUUAAGUAGAACUCGACUAAAAUAAAUCGUCAGUUAAAUAUGGGACCUUUUUACAUAAAUCUUAGCUAAAUAUGGGCCUUUUUACGUAGAACUUAACUAAAACAAACCGUCAACUAAAUAUGGAAACUCUUUACAUAAACUUUAGCUGAAUAUAGGACUUUUUACGUACAUAUUAGCUAAAUAUGGGACCUUUUUACGCAGAACUUAACUAAAAUAAACCAUUAACCAAAUAUUUCACCUUAUUUCGUAAAGUUUAGCUAAAUAUGGGACUUUUUUACAUAGAACUUAGCUAAAAUAAACCGUUAACUAAAUAUGGGACUUUUUUACAUAAACCUUAGCUAAAUAUGAGCUUUUUUACGUAGAACUCGACUAAAAUAAACCGUCAGUUAAAUAUGGGACCUUUUUACAUAAAUCUUAGCUAAAUAUGGGCCUUUUUACGUAGAACUUAACUAAAACAAACCGUCAACUAAAUAUGGAAACUUUUUACAUAAACUUUAGCUGAAUAUAGGACUUUUUACGUACAUAUUAGCUAAAUAUGGGACCUUUUUACGCAGAACUUAACUAAAAUAAACCAUUAACCAAAUAUUUGACCUUAUUUCGUAAAGUUUAGCUAAAUAUGGGACUUUUUUACAUAGAACUUAGCUAAAAUAAACCGUUAACUAAAUAUGGGAUUUUUUUACAUAAACCUUAGCUAAAUAUGAGCUUUUUUAAGUAGAACUCGACUAAAAUAAAUCGUCAGUUAAAUAUGGGACCUUUUUACAUAAAUCUUAGCUAAAUAUGGGCCUUUUUACGUAGAACUUAACUAAAAUAAACCGUCAACUAAAUAUGGAAACUUUUUACAUAAACUUUAGCUGAAUAUAGGAUUUUUUACGUACAUAUUAGCUAAAUAUGGGACCUUUUUACGCAGAACUUAACUAAAAAUGGGACUAAUGUGAAACUCAAUUGAAAAUGGGAACAUUAAAAACAAAAAGGAAAGGAAAACGAGCUCAUAUCACUGAUAAUAUCAUUUUAGACGUACCUGCCCUUAUUAAAUGAAGAUGUUGAUAUUUCAUAGAUAAUUUUUUGUCGUUGAAAUCGUUUUCAAUACUUAUAUACGAUAUAACAUAAGGUAGUUAAUCGGUUGUUGUUAUUUUUUUUUAUUAUCAAUUUUGAUGGAUCAAAUUUUAGCCUGGAUAUGGUACUACAAUUUUUUUUAUAUAGAUAUAUAUAUUAAUAUAUAAUGUAUAUUGGAUGAAUUAAAUUAAUUAUGUUACCGA